AGCAGCCAAAUGAAUGUACCAGAAUUGGGCCGAAAUUACUAUUUGCAUUUUUUUUAAAACAUUGCAUUUUACUUUAUAAUUUACUUUGAACUCUGUACAUAGUAAUUUAAAACAAUGUUUUGGGUAUGCAAAGUAGUGGGAAGCAUUAAUACUUUCUUGAAGUUAAGUCAUUAUCUUAAUACCAUAAAUAAUAAGACUGGAUUUUUCAUUCAUUUUGAAUAGGUGCUUGUCCAGUGCAGGGUCCUGGUGGUUCAGAGUCUAUCUUGGCAGCAGAGAGCGUGUUGUACGCUGCAACUAAAAGGGACUGUCCAUCACAAUGGAAUCACACACAAAGGGAAAUUUUGAGUCACCAAUUCAUCUGAAAUGCAUGUCUUUGAACUGUGGGAGGAAACCUGAGCACCUGGAGAAAACCCACGUGAACAUGGGGAGACUAUGCCUGCUCCACACAGGCGAAGCUGGAUUCAAAGCUGUAUCCAAACCCUCAGCCCAGGAGAUAUACUGCAUAAGUGCUAUCUGUUGAGCCACUGUGCCACCUGCUGAAAAAACUAGAUAACAAAAAAUAUCUACAGGACGUUCAUUUAUGUUCUCUUUGAAAAGGAGUUACAUAACUGUUUGCUGACACACAAAGCUGAUAAUGUAUCCGGGGGCAGAUACAGCAGCCAGCCUGUAUAAGUAGUAAGAGGGAAGCUGUCCAGUUCACAGCUGGCUGUCUGUGUUCCGCGUUCAUGAUGCUGGGAAUUCUGGCUCUCUCAGCCCUGUGCUUAGGGUCUGCAUCUGCAGCUUCUGUAAGUCACUCUCUGCACCACCGUCCUCCACGGGUUUGAUCGGGUCCUUAACGAGAUAAUAGGUCCACAUGGUCAAAGCCACAUAAUGUCCUGUCUGCACUCGUACCUUAAUUAGGCAGGUACUUUCAUUUUGGCUCACUGAUAGUCUGAGACCAGUAAAUUUACACGUUUCACACUGCCAAUGCAGCACAUAUUGUGGAAAGACACAGAAGAAACAACAAAGCUGACUGCUGUUAGUUGACGCUUUUAGCCACAGCACAUUAUCCGCCUUCACUUGUACCCAUUUAUACAGAUAGAUAUUGUGUUCCUAGAUUGGGUAGCAUAAGUGCGUGAUUGAUGGGUCAUCUAUUUGAACCAACAAGGUUCUGCCUUCAAAUUUGUGUCCUUGACCGUGUUCAAACCUGCUGCUUUGUGACUAAUGUGUACUCGCAGCUGGGGGCUGUGUACACUGAGGGUGGCAUGGUAGAGGGAAAGAGCAUCUCUGUAGGACUCUUCCGCAACAUGGACAUCUUCCGGGGCAUCCCUUUUGCUGCACCCCCUGGGAGGUUCGAGAAGCCCAAGCCUCACCCUGGCUGGAAUGGUAUUCUGAAAGCUACUGAUUUCCAGAAGAGGUGCUUGCAAGUGGAUUUCACGCAGACGCACCCCAUGGGCAGUGAAGAUUGUCUCUACCUGAAUAUCUGGGUCCCUCAAGGUCGACAAGUGUCGACUGACCUGCCAGUCAUGGUCUUCAUCUACGGAGGCGGGUUUUUGGUGGGCGCAGGCCAGGGUGCCAACUUCCUGGACAACUACCUGUAUGAUGGGCAGGAGAUUGCUGACCGUGGCAAAGUUAUUGUAGUGACCUUCAACUACCGGGUGGGGACAAUGGGCUUCCUCAGCAGUGGAGACGCCUCUGGGCCAGGGAACUAUGGCCUGUGGGACCAGCAUGCUGCUAUCGCUUGGGUACAUAGGAACAUCAAAGCUUUCGGAGGUGACCCCAACAACAUUACCAUUUUUGGAGAGUCAGCCGGUGCCGUGAGCGUCAACUUCCAGAUCCUGUCUCCUCACAGCAAGGGACUGAUCCGCAGAGCCAUCUCACAGAGUGGUGUAGCCCUCACUCCCUGGGCUUACAACAAGAAUCCACGCACCCUGGCUGAGCGGGUCGCCAUCAAGGUGGGCUGCCCCACAGAUGAGACUAUGAUGAGCUGCCUGAAGAUGUCUGACCCUGAGGCUCUAACUAUGGCUGCGCCCGUGGCCCUUGAAGGAUCUCCUGAAAAUCCUCUCGUGUUCAACCUGAUCCUCUGCCCUGUCAUCGAUGGCGACUUCAUUCCCGACAAACCCGAAAACCUCUUUGAGAACGCUGCUGACGUCGAUUACAUCGCCGGUGUCAAUGACUUUGACGGGCACUUCUUUACCGGUUUUGAUGUACCCUCGGUCAACCAGCCGCUGCACCAUACUGACCCGAUAGUUUUAAAACAGCUCCUGACCGCCUUCACCAAAAAGAAGGGGGAGGAAGCAGCAACCCUGGCCUACCAUGAGUACACCAGCAACUGGGGUGACAAACCCAAACAGGAACUCAUCAAGAGGACAGUGGUGGACCUCGAGACUGACUUCCUCUUCCUGGUGCCCAACCAGGCCACACUCUACCUGCAUGUAGAACAUGCCAAGACGGCACGCACCUACUCCUACAUAUUCUCCGUGCCCUCCCGGAUGCCUGGCUAUCCAAGCUGGACGGGUGCAGACCACGCAGAUGACCUACAGUAUGUUUUUGGCAAACCCUUCACCACUCCCCUGGGUUACUUCCCCCGACAUCGGGACGUAUCUGAAUACAUGAUUGCCUACUGGACCAACUUUGCCAGGACUGGGGACCCCAAUCAAGGGGAAUCAUCUGUACCUGCCAACUGGCCUGCCUUCACCAACACGGGCCAUGAGUACCUGGAAAUCAACAGCAAGAUCAACAAAGACUCCGUCAAAUACAAGCUGAGGACUCGAUUCGUCCACUUCUGGACCUUCACCUACAUCAACUUGCCCAUGGUUGCAAAUAAUUAAACUGAAUAACCGGCCUCAUGUGGAACCAGCAAGGACUCACAUGGAACAGUUCCUGCAUCUUCCUUGUGUCUUUCACAAAAGUGUAAUAAGUUGAAACUGGUAUGAUGCAACAGUAAUUGCCUAUUUUAAUUUCAUCACUGAUAAAUUAAUAGACACAAUAAACAAACUUAAGCACUUCCUCUA